AUUCGAUUGGUAUCCCGCCAACGGUCACACUGCGUAGGCGAAUUCCGAAUUUCUGGAGUUUUUUUUAUUUGUUGGCUGGAUUGGUGUGGAAAAAUGACAAACUACAGGCCCAGGGAAACCGAAACCGAAGCAGCUAAUUAACAAGUCACUGGAGCAGAGCACAGGAGCAGCCGCACUCACAAUGGUCGACCCGGUGGCGGCGCUGUGCAACUACAAUGUCCUGGAGGUGAUCUUCUCCUACCUGGAGCUGGACGACCUGAGCCACUGCUCGCAGGUGUGCAAGAGCUGGUACCACUUCCUCAACGACGAGAACAGCGACGUGUGGCGCUGGCACUGCCUGAACAAGCUGCCCAAGGAGGCCCUCAAGUCCGACCUGCUCGCCUCCGUCUCCACGUACAAGACGAAGCUGCGGGCGUACUUCCACGCCUGGAGCCCCAACGACUGCUCCCGCAAUGUGUACAUCAAGCCCAACGGGUUCACCCUGCAUCGCAAUCCCGUGGCGCAGAGCACAGACGCGGCCCGCGGCAAGAUCGGCUUCCGCCACGGACGGCACACCUGGGAGGUGAUCUGGGAGGGACCGCUGGGCACCGUGGCCGUCAUCGGUAUAUCCACCAAGGAGGCGGCGCUGCAGUGCCACGGCUAUGUGGCUCUCCUCGGCUCCGAUGACCAGAGCUGGGGCUGGAACCUGGUUGAGAACCACCUGCUGCACAACGGCGACAUGCAGGGCAGCUAUCCGCUGCUGAACAAUGCACCCAAGUACCAGGUGGGCGAGCGGAUACGCGUCAUUCUCGACUGCGAGGACAACACGCUGUCGUUCGAGAAGAACUACGAGUUCCUGGGCGUGGCCUUUCGAGGACUGCCGGACAAGAAGCUCUAUCCCACAGUAUCCGCUGUCUACGGCAACACCGAGGUCUCGAUGGUCUACCUGGGCACUCCGUUGGACGGAUAGCUUUGGCCCCGGGCGUACUACUUGGUUAACACACUCAAUGGAUCCACUAGCUUAUCGUGUACAUUUGUAUUUAUCUCAAUUACGUUUGCUUCAUUCCACCUGCAACUCAGUUUGAUAUCGUAAAUUUAGUUACUAGUUUCGUUUUCUGUACAAAAUUAUACAUUUUGUUGAUUUUACGCUACGCCAAAGUUCAAUCCACCUCGGCACUAUCUUCACAUGGCAAUUUACGUUAGUUAUACGAACCAAAUGAAUAUAAUAUAGCGAUUAAACAAUA